CGGCCCCUACCCACUCAAUCUGAAUCAGUUGGAUUUCAGAACAUCGGACGGGCGGGCGUGUAUAGAAUGGAUCGCUAACCACAUCAGCAGUUUUUUUUUAAUUCCGCCUUCUAGCAGUGUUUGUUUAUACCUUUCGGCACACUAUCCGCAAAUCCUUCUCGAUUGUGGUGCUUUAAAUUUAUUUACCUUCGCAUUUAAUUUACUGUCGUCCCGAUUUCACAUCGAGAAGGCGGCCGCACCAAGUUUGAAAGCGGCUUUUCAAGAUUAGUACAUCUACUCGUAAUUUUUCAAUAUUGCUGUGUCAACGCAUCAGGCAGCCAUCAGGAUGGUGAAGAAAAUUUCAGAAGAGAGUGUAGAUAGCGGCGUAGGCCGUUGCAGCAGUCAGUCGUCGAGCGAGCGCGAGUCCGACGAGAGUCCGCGAGGCUCGGAGCCGUCGGCCCCCGUUCCCAUACCUGACAGCGAGGAUCUGCAACGGCGCAAGGAGGAGGCGCGAAGGAAGCGCCGGAGGAAGAAGCGCUCUGGAAGCUCGGUGGUCACAUCGUGUUUUCAAGACCUGUACAAGCUUACGGGCGAGGUAUUGGGCGAGGGUGCGUACGCCUCGGUGCAGACAUGCGUGAACAUCUACACUGGCCAGGAGUUCGCUGUGAAGAUCAUCGACAAAGUGCCGGGGCACGCCCGCGCCCGGGUGUUCCGCGAGGUGGAGACCUUCCACUACUGCCAGGGACACCCAAACAUAAUCCAGCUCAUUGAAUUCUUUGAGGACACCGACAAGUUUUACCUUGUCUUUGAGAAGAUCAACGGUGGUCAGCUCCUAUCCCGCAUCCAAGAGCACCACUACUUCUCGGAGCCGCAGGCGGCCGAGAUCGUCCGCGAGAUCGCGAACGCCCUGCACUUCCUUCACGGCAAGGGCGUGGCGCACCGCGACCUCAAGCCGGAGAACAUCCUCUGCGUGCACACGGACCGGCUGUGCCCCGUGAAGAUAUGCGACUUUGAUCUCGGCAGCGGCAUCAGCUUCACGUCCAGCCUCGCGGGGCCGCUGGCCACGCCGCAGCUCAUGACACCGGUGGGCAGCGCGGAAUUCAUGGCCCCCGAGGUGGUGUCGCUGUUCGCGGGCUCGGCGGCGACGCACUACGACAAGCGGUGCGACCUGUGGUCGCUGGGCGUCAUCGCGUACAUCCUGCUGUGCGGCUACCCGCCCUUCCGCGCGGACUGCGGCGCCGACUGCGGCUGGGAGCGCGGCGAGAACUGCCGCGCCUGCCAGGACCUCCUGUUCACUUCCAUACAGGAGGGCCGCUACACGUUCCCCGAGGAGGAGUGGGCGCACAUCAGCUCGGAGGCCAAGGACCUGAUCCGGCAGCUGCUGGUGCGCGAGGCGCGGCGGCGGCUCAGCGCCGAGCGCGUGCUGCAGCACCCCUGGCUGCGCCGCGCCGGCGACCAGCACCGCCCCGACCACUACCCGCCGCUGCAGACGCCGAUCAACAUUAAACGCAACAUGUCGGCGCGCAACCUGUCCAACUUCGCGGAGUCGGCCAUGGCGGUGAACCGCGUGAUCCAGCAGCACUUCUCGAUGAACUACUCGUACCUGGAGCCCAGCACCCCGCUGCGGUCCAGCAAGUCGUGCCAGCCGGUCGCGGCCGGCCGCUGCCGCGCCGCGCCCGCCGCGCCGCUCGGGCUGUCGCCGCCCGCCGACAGCCUGCUGCUGCGCCGCCGCCUGCAGGGCACGCUGGCUCACUAAACUAUACUGUUCGAGUAUCGUGCCGUGCCCGACCCGUUCUUCCGUACGAAUCUUUAACGCGUUCCCUGCCGGCACGAGUCAAACGAUACUCGACUCGAUAGGCGCCUGCGAUCGGGGAACCCGCCCGGGUCGCUAAGACGGUGGACAAUUAAAACUCGUCGUACCUCUAAAAGCUCGGUGUUGAACCCUGAGAUAUCAUUGUUUCGAGUUGAUUUUGUAAGGCUAAUCCUGGAUUGGUUCCUGGAAAUUUCUAAUUCUUGGCCCGGUUUAUCCUGCACUGUAUAAGGGGUUUCACGAGUUUCGAUUGUCACCCAGCGAACAAUCUGACCGCCGAUCUGUUUUUCUGUGAGCCACAAAAUUGUAUUUGCAUUAUAAACAACGGUCGUACCGGCAGAUUGACAGGUGAACUUCUCCCGAUUUCGCUGGAUAGUCUUGUAAUUUGUUUUUUCGUGAACAGGCGACAAGACGUUAAUAUAAUUCGUAGUUAAGCUGUUACUUCUAGGCCACAUAUUUCUUGAAAUCCUUUCAGUUUCUAUGUAGGCGAGUUUGUUUAAACCAAAUUAAUUAACGUUUCGUCGUCCAUAUUAGACGCACAGUUAAGAUUACGUAGCAUUUUAUGAAGACGAAAGUUAGAAUUCCCUCUCGAUUACCUGAAGAAUCUAAUUUUGAGUAUGAAAAAAUGUACGUAAAUUGAAUACCCGGCGUCUAGUUCUCGAUGAAUGUACAUAUUACCGUACCUGGCACGGCGCGACCCCUAGAGUAGAUAUCCCUACAACACGCAGGUGUCGCUCGGGGCGCCAGAGACACACUGUGCCAACGGAUAUUCUCCAGUGAUACGUCCGAUCGCAACCAUGUGAACGGUACUUAUAGAGCUGUAAACAGUUUUAUUUGAGCCUUUUAAAGAUAUAUUUUUAUGAAUAAAUAAAAACGACUGAAUAGUUUUUAUCGAUAGAG